GUAUUGCGUAACAGCACUGAAAUGCCUCGUGCACUUGCUUCAUGAAUAUACGUCGACCUCUUGCGUUGAUUUAUCUAAACUACAACUACUUCUUUACUCCACCAUGCCGCACAUAUUCCUCAUACAUUGGAAUGGAGAAGUUAUUAAGACUUUUCAGCUUUCACUUAUAUUCUCUAUGGGAUUCCGAUAUUUUGGGCAGUUCAUGAACCAUCAAUCAAACCGUUAGGAAAACUAUUUUCACUGCAGGUGGCAUGGGUUCAUAUCAUCUCUUGAAAUCUUAAUCCUCCCAGCAUCAGGACAUCAGCAUGCGGGCAAAAGCACCUGCUGACUAAACACAAAACCUUUUUUAUGUUAAUGACUAAUUCAAGCACUUCCCACCCCUCACUUGCCUCUAAAGCGCAACACCACCGACCGAGACAGUGUCGGCGGGCAUCUCGGUCACUAACGCGUAUAUUUAUUAUUCUGAGAGGUCCCCUCCUUGUGGACAUGCACUGGAGACUCGUGGCCCUUGCUGGCUUGUGUGUCCCUCUCCUUUUUCUUUUGGGGAGUGCGAGCAGCAGCCGCCGGUGGGGGAAGACAGUGACUUUCCGCCGGACACAGCGGAAUGAGAGCCGGGGACAGGUGCGCGCACGCCCCAGGAGAGAUACAAGCAGCCCCUCCAACCCCUCUCAUGGUCUUGCCUUCACCUCCUGUCGGAUCCCACUCACCCCGGCCGAGCACGAGGUUCUAGAUGACAACACUUAUGAGACAGGGUUUAAUGGUGAUGAUGGCUCCCAUGUGAUUCUCACAUGGGUUGGUGAUGGAACAGGAGUGAUCCUGGUACUUUCAACAAUCAACACCCCACUUGAUUCUUUCGUUGAAGGAGGCUCCUCACGACUUUACCGAAGUACGGAUUAUGGCAAGUCUUUCCAUGACAUCUCCCAGCGCAUCAACCACACCUUCAUCAGGGAGGAGUUUGGAGUCAGUGUUGGACCGGGUAGCUCUGUGAUACUGACUGCAGACACUCCCAUUGUUAACCACCCAGGCGGCAUCAUCUUCACCUCCACUGAUGCCGGUGCAACCUUCAAGUUCAUCCAGCUGCCCUUUCACCUGGCUCAACCAAUCACAUACCACUUCCUCAACCCAGACUACCUUGUGGGUCUUAGCAUCGAUGGUGAUCUCUGGCUCUCUCUGGACUUUGGGAUUAAGUGGACAAAAGUUCAUGAUGGAGUGCAUUCUUUCUCAUGGGGGGCAGGGAUCAAUCUGUUCUUCAGCUGCAGCAGAGUAGAUGCAGUUGAGGCAGAUGAGAGAGGAGAUUUGCUGCUGAAGAGGACGAAAGAUCUGGGAAAGACCUUCACCACAAUUCAUGAGGACAUUUACAGUUUUGGAUACAUUGGAGCUUUUCUCUUCUUCUCAGUGAUGGAGGACUCGAGAUCUCCUCGGGUCAUGUAUUUCUCAUCAGACCAAGGAGACACCUUCAGUCAAGCGUUACUUCCUUCUGCAUCCACUGAGCAGUUUUACUCCAUCCUAGAUGGAGAUGAGGAUAUGCUCUUCAUGCAUGUGGACAACCCAGGAGACACUUACUUUGGGACGAUGUACACGUCAGAUGAUCGCGGGAUCUUGUUCUCUAAGUCACUGGAGCGCCACCUGUUUGACGGACAGAGGAAGAGCGAUUUCACCAACAUUACAUCACUAAGAGGAGUUUACCUCACUAAUAAACUGGAUGUGGAUGGCCGGAUAAGAUCUGUAAUUUCCUUCAACAGAGGAGGGACGUGGAGGCAGCUUAACAAGCCCGAGAAUGUGGAUUGUGGAGAUCAUGUCAAAAGUUGCAACCUUCAUAUUCAUGGAGAACACAGUCGAAAGAACUACAUAGUCCCCAUGCUGGCUCUGUCUGAGCCGACUGCCAUUGGUCUUGUUGUUGCUCACGGCAGUGUGGGCGAUUCUUUGUCAUCAUCGCAGCAUGCAGAUGUGUUUGUAUCCUCAGACGGGGGUUACAACUGGAGGGGUACACUGAGGGGCCCUCAUCACUACAGCAUAUUGGACUCUGGGGGUCUCAUUGUGGCUGUGGAAGCCCACCAUGAAGGACAAGUCAAGACUAUCAAAUUCUCCACUGAUGAAGGCCAGUGCUGGAAGCCGUACAACUUCACUGAGCAGCCUUUCUUCUUUGCUGGACUAGCGUCUGAGCCAGGCACCAAAGCUAUGAGUGUCAGCGUGUGGGGCUUCAGGCCUGAGGAAGACGGCCAGCCGAUGUGGGUGGCCGUCACCAUUGAUUUCCAGAGCCUCAUUACCAGAGAAUGUACAGACCAGGACUAUGAGGAGUGGUUGGCUCAUUCUACAGACGGAGUGGAGUCAGAGAGAAAUGGCUGCAUCCUGGGCAUGAAAGAGACAUACAGGAGGUUAAAGAAGAAGUCUGUGUGCAGAAAUGGACGAAGCUUUGUGGUGAGCAAGAAGCAAAGCUCCUGCUUGUGCACCAGAGAGGACUUCUUAUGUGACUAUGGUUACUAUCGUCACUUGAACACUUCUGAGUGUGUGAGACAACCAAGUCCUCCAAAUAAGACCUUAGAGACGUGUCUGACUGGAGAGGAGGAUGAGCUUCUGACAACAGGGUACCGUAAAGUCCCGAGUGACAGGUGUGAGGGGGGAUUCACUCCUCAUCUUUCAGAGCAGACAGUCAUCCGGCCAUGUGGUGUUAAACCCAGCCCAGGCCCUCUUGCUAAGUCUACAUCUUCAGUAACACACUUUGACACACCGAGAGAAAGGCUGGUGUUGAUCCUGGUGUGCACAGGAGCAGCUGUCAUCAUCCUUGUAGUGAUCAUCUCUGCAGUCCUUGCCGUCAGAAGAGUGGUUUAUAGAACCAGGGCACCAGUGUAUCGUUUCUCCAACCUACGCAUUCAGGAUGAUAAUAACUGCAUCCCAGCCGAUCUUGAGAGUGCCACCAGCAGCAAUGGCACAGUCUGCCACCAAGACUCAGAUGAUGAUCUUCUUGAAUGAUACAAGUUAAAUGGAUGUCAUGAAUUAUUUAAAACCAGCUGCGCUGAAAAAGACUGCCAUCUACAUUUUCUUGGACUUAUCCUGUCAUUUUAUUGGGAGGACUGUUGCAUCAAGCUCUACAUUUUUAUGACAAACAAAAAAGAAAAUAAUGAAUGAACUUUUUUCUUUAAACUGCUUUUUUCUUUUAUUUGAACAGUAUUUUUUAUUUUAAUUCAAUGACUGUUUUGCACAUCAUUUUCUGCUUUUUUUUCUUGUAUGUAAAAAUACACCUAGAGCAUUCCUGACAAUGUGCAUUAGCUAAAUAACAUUCUCUCUGUUACCAUAUGUUCACUCGAUUUUGUUUGUUAAAGUUUUAAAAAAGGCUAGAUUUUAUAUGUGGAGAGAAACUGCAAGAAAAACAAAACAGAAAUUAAUAACAUACAGUAGCUACCAUUUAUUUUAAAUUAAUAAUGAAAAUAUAUAUUUGUCCUUGUGUUAGUAACUUGGGCAGUUUAAUUGGGUAUAAGUUAAGUUGGUGGAAUAAAGGUAUAUAGCGUUUCCUUAAAUGUGCUUGAAAAUAUCUUCUUAUAACUGUUGGGGGCGCUGGCAGUAAUAAAACAGGUCCCGUCUGCCUAAAAAUUAGUAAAGAAGAAGAAAACCGGAAGUGGACGUUAGCUCAACAAAGAUUUUGCAUGACAGAUGUCUUACUCAUGACAAAUUGUUUCAUAACUAUCAGGCAAAGCGAUUUUAUAUGCUGUUGAUGACAUGGACUCAUAUAGUGUAUUUAUACUGUAGAUUUUAUAAACAAUAGGGGCUGAAGUUUUUUUUAAGUCACUUUUGUGUCUUUAUUGACAAAUAAAGCAAAACUACAAAAUAAAAAAAUAUGGCUUGGUCGGGAAGCUGUAGAUUCUGUUCUUGAAGAAUAAAUAAAUCUGUGAUCUGUAAAAUUUUUAAUCCAAAGUUUUUGUUUCCAAA